UGGUGGCCCACGGCCCCCCGGCUGCCCGUGGUCAAACUGGAGUCGCUGAAGCGCUGGAACGAAGAGAGGGGCCUUUGGUGCGAGAAGGGGGUGCAGGUGCUGCUGACGACGGUGGGCGCCUUCGCCGCCUUCGGCCUCAUGACCAUCGCCAUCAGCACCGACUACUGGCUCUACACGCGCGCCUUCAUCUGCAACACCACCAACCUCACGGCGGGCGACGACGGCCCCCCCCACCGCGGGGGCAGCGGCUCCUCCGAGAAGAAGGACCCCGGCGGCCUCACCCACUCGGGCCUCUGGAGGAUCUGCUGCCUGGAAGGGUUGAAAAGAGGCGUCUGCGUGAAGAUCAACCAUUUCCCGGAGGACACGGACUACGACCAUGACAGCGCGGAGUAUCUGCUCCGGGUCGUCCGGGCCUCCAGCAUCUUCCCCAUCCUCAGCGCCAUCCUGCUGCUGCUUGGGGGUGUGUGCGUGGCGGCCUCCCGGGUCUACAAGUCCAAGAGGAACAUCAUUCUGGGCGCAGGGAUCCUGUUCGUGGCAGCAGGCCUGAGCAACAUCAUCGGCGUGAUCGUGUACAUCUCGGCCAACGCGGGCGAGCCGGGCCCGAAGCGGGACGAGGAGAAGAAGAACCACUACUCUUACGGCUGGUCCUUCUACUUCGGCGGGCUGUCGUUCAUCCUGGCAGAGGUGAUCGGCGUGCUGGCCGUCAACAUCUACAUCGAGCGCAGCCGCGAGGCGCACUGCCAGUCUCGCUCGGACCUGCUCAAGGCCGGCGGGGGCGCGGGCGGCAGUGGCGGGAGCGGCCCCUCGGCCAUCCUCCGUCUGCCCAGUUACCGCUUCCGCUACCGCCGCCGCUCCCGCUCUAGCUCCCGCUCCAGCGAGCCGUCGCCGUCGCGGGACGCGUCUCCCGGCGGCGCCGGGGGCCCGGGCUUCGCCUCCACGGACAUCUCCAUGUACACGCUCAGCCGCGACCCGUCCAAGGGCAGCGUGGCCGCGGGGCUGGCGAGCGCCGGUGCCGGCGGCGGGGCGUACGGCGGCGCGGCGGGGGGCGCGGGGACCGGCGGCGGCGGUGGCGGCGGCGGCGGCGGCGGCGGCGGCGGCGGGGCGGGCGCCGAGCGGGACCGCGGGGGGGCGUCCGGCUUCCUCACGCUGCACAACGCUUUCCCCAAGGAGGCGGGCGGCGGCGUCACGGUCACGGUCACCGGGCCGCCCGCCGCGCCCGCGCCCGCACCGUCCGCGCCCGCCGCGCCCGCCCCCGGGACCCUGGCCAAGGAGGCCGCGGCCUCCAACACCAACACGCUCAACAGGAAAACCACGCCCGUGUAGGGGCGCGACAGGGGGCGCCGAGGGGGGCGUGUCCGGGGCGCGUGCGCGGGCGCGCGUGCAACGAGGCUGCCAGGGGUCGGGGGCGCCCCCCUCCUUCCCCGUGAGCGCGCUGGAGACUGCUUGGCCUUCCCCCGCGCCCCCUCCCCACCUCCCGGGCGUGGGGGAGCAUCCCCCACCCUCCGAAUCAGGGACCCCAAGGGAGGGGAAGGGAAGGGAAGGGAGGGGGCCGUUGGGAGGGAGCGUCGUGUUUUAUUUUUUUGUGGGUUGGGGGAGGGGGGAGGGCUGUGGUGUUUUUUGCAGUUUUGAGAUGUUUUCUUUUUAAUGUUUUGCUGUGUGCAUGUGGGGGCGGGGCAGGAGGAAGGGACUCCCAGCCCAGCCCAAUUCCUGGAGAGGGGCCCAGAACACAUGAAUAUAGAGUUAUACCUACAAACUAUAUAUAUGCUCUAUAUAAAUAAGUAGAAAGGUAAAGAGAUGGGGUACAGAAAGGCAAAGUGACUACGGGUGGACGUGGGCGUUCAUUCACUUCUUCAUCAUUCCACAAGCACCUGCUAUGUACCAGGAUGGCACUACGGAGGGAGCAUAAAAAAGCACACAGAGGGACUCGUUCAUUCACUACCAGCAAUUUAAUUGUGUACUUGCGAACAAUUUAUUUGGGUACUUACGUACAAUUUAUUUGUGUGCUAAGCAUUGUGGGGAAUGCUGAGCCCACAGAAGGGAGGAAGACAAACAGGGUCCCCAACAUCCUCAGAGAAUUUACAUCUUGUGCACAAGGCAGACGUUCAUCAAAGAACUGUGUUCAUAAACAAGUUACAGUUAAGACAAAAGAGGAAUUCAAAAUGCUACAAAAUGCUCCAUCAGGGAGGCUUCACCCAGUUUAAAAGGAAGGGAUAUUUUAGCUGACACUGAAAGGAUGGCAGGAAGCCAGCCAAGUGAAGCUAGAGGCAAGAGUCUCAGCCAGAGAACAGGAUAUGCAAAGGCCCUGGGGCAAGAAGAGCUUCCAGAGAAGACGCCUGUAUGUUGUGUGAGCUAGGUGCAGAUGGAAGAAGAUAGGCUGGAGAUGUAGACAGGGCCAGACUGCCCAGGGACUUGUAGGUCAGAACAAGAGUUUCGGUUUUAUUCUGAGGGCCAUGGGGAGCCAUGGAAUGGCUUUAAACAGGAUCAUAACAUGAAUGAUAUACAAAGGGAGGCAAGAACUCAAGAGACGAAGGUGAGAGGCAGAGGUGCACUGAAAUACAGCAUCAAACACAAGUACUGGCCCUUAAAACUCACACUCUGUGAAGGGAAGCAGAUAAUUACACAAAUACUGAAGUGUAGGCAUAGUGUCUGGUGUGCAGGAGAAGCACUGGGACUUUGAAAUUCAUGUUUCACUCAUUCAUUAAUUCAGCCAUUCCCUCCUUGACAUUUUUGAGCAUCUCCUAACAUGCCACGCAGUGUGUUAGAAUCAGGAUCCCCAGUGAUGCUUCCAAGGAGGAGUCAAAAACUGAAAUCAGGCGGAGCAAUCGGUGCUGGGCACCCUGGACAGAGAACAAGAGAACAGAGUGACCCAAUGCAGGACUUGGCAGUACUCAGGGAAACUUCCUGGAGACCGUCAGGGCCAGCCUAGGUUUCAAAAGAAUGAUUAGGAGCCUACCAGGCAAUGAAGGGGGUGAGGAAGGCCUUCGUAGCAAAAGACCAAGCUGGGCCCAGGCGGGGGCGAAAGAGUGCGAUGCACCGGGGCCGGGGCGCAGCCUUCCUAGGUGCAGAAGGUCAGAGUCGGCGUGGGAGGUAAGACCAGAGAGGCAGCGAGGGGCCAGAGUCUAAAGGUGCUGGGCUUUCAGCCUGAGGGGUUUGGACUUUGUUCUAAGGGUGGCAGGAGACACAGAAGAGUUUUCAGUAGAUGAAGAGCAGGAUCAGACAUGGGUGUUAGAGGGAGCCACCUGGGAUGUGGGAAAGGGGUGGACGGGAGGCUGAUGCUGUGGGAUAGAUGAGAGAGGAUGGCAGCUGAGCUGGGAAGGGGCUGUAGGGGUAGAUGGAUGGGGGGUGGAUUUGAAGGUCACAGAAGGGACAGCGCUUAGUGGGUUUCCCUUCAUUUGCUCAGCAAAUAUUUCCCAAGUUCCCUUGUGUGCUAGGCCCUGUGCUCGGUGACGCUGGGGGUGCAGAGAGGGUUCAGAGCCUGUCAUGCCCUCCAGGGGCUCCCAGUCUGGUGCAAAGUCAGACAUCAACACAAGAUGGGGGACCAGAGGAGCAGUUAGCCAUGAUGCCCUGCUUCCAGGGGCUCCACCAGCCUCUACCUUGAUAACAUUGGGCAGCAGAAAGGGGUGGAAGAGAGGAGGGACAUGGGCCCAGACCUGGGUAUUGGGAACUUCCCGCUGGGGCCCUGUGGGUGGACCUGAAGGCCUGGAGGGCAGGGGUCCAGGGAGGAAUUCCACAGGGGCAGUGUUGGAAAGAGAUGCUGGGAAGUGUAGGGAUUGGAAUACAACUAGUGGAACAGAGGGGAACUUUGUGUAGGAAUGACAGAUGGAGAGAAGAGGGACCGGGGAAGUGGAGUUAAAAGAGACAAAUGGAGGGGAGGGGUGCAUAACUGGUUCUAGAGAUGAAAGGCCAAACAUAAAUCAAGAAAGAGGUGGAGGGUGAGCAGAAGGGAGAGAGAUGGGGAGAUGGGGAGGAGGGAAUUUGGGGGAGGAUGAGGGCAACAGAGACCAAAACGAGGUGAGUCACAGGGAUAUAGGAAAAAGUCAAAGACACAGUAAGGUGAUCCGGAGAGGGAGAAAAAAGGACAUGAGAGAUUGACCCAAAGAUGCACAAAUCAGAACAGAGAAGUCUUGGAGAUGCAAAAACAGGGGGAAAAAAACACACAGAGGUGGAGUGGUGGAACUGCAGAGGAAGAUGUAGGGAUAUGCCAAGAAAGAAAUAUAGAGACUUAGAAGCAAGCACAGUGUAUAGGAAAGGUCCAUUUCUUUUCUUUUGUUUCAGUCUUUGAGAAAUAUUCAUUGAGCACAAAUCUGUUCCAGGCCAGUCUAGGUGCAAGGAAUGGUGAACACAUAGCUGAGGUCUUGCCCUCCUGGAACUCACAGGAGAGAAAAGCAAUCAACAGUAAGAAUUUCCGCUACGGAGAAGUGCUUUAAAAAGGGAGCAAGAUAUGGUGACUGUAGAUGAGGUGCCUCGGGAAGGACUCUGCAGAGGUAACAAGGGUUUUGAGAAGGGAAGGGCUUGACAAGCACUCUGGCCACCAGAGGCAACACGAAAGCCCUGAGGAGCCACAGAUUUUCCAGGAAGCCCCCUGCUGGGCAGAUGAACAAGGGUGAGGUCAGAAGCAUGGGCUGGGGGCUAGUCACAUAGGAACUUGUUACCCUGGGAAGAAAUCUGAAUUUUAUUCUAGACUUGAUGGGAUGAGCAGAAGCAUGACGUGCUUCUAUUUUUAUUUAAAAAGAAAGUAACAGAAUCACUCUGCUGUGUUGAGAACAGAAUUAGGAAUAAACCUGGAGGCAAGGAGUUAAGCAGCUGUCGUCCUUGUCCAGCUGAGGCUGAUAGUGGCCUGGACCAGUGUGAAAUCGGUGAGGAUGGAGAGAAAUGGGAGAACAGGGCAUGGGAUUUUAGAGGGAGAGCUUAUGGUGGUGGUGAACUGGACGUAGCAAAGGAGGGAAAGAAAAGCUACAGAGAAAGAGGAAAUCUUUUAACUGGGCACGUGAAGCUAGGUGCUGCUGCUGUGUGUGGCCUGGAAGGGGGUCACCAAGGGAAGGGAUGAAGAUUUUUGUAGGAGGAAUCAAGCAAACUCCUUGGGACAUGACAGGUUGGAGAUGCCUGUCAGAAAUCCAAGCUGGGGUAUCAGGUAGCCAGCUGGAUAUCUGAGACCAGAGUUUGGGAGAGAGGUCAUGAUUGUGAAUAUAAAUUUUGGAAGUGUCAGCAUUUAGGAGAUAGCAUAUUUAGAGCCUCAGGUCUGGAUGAGGUGAUGUGGGAGGUAAAUGCAGAGAAGUGACUCUGGCCAGAACCUUGGGGGUGUCUGCAUGGGGCAGAGGGAGAGGAGGAUGUAGUUAAAGGAGCCAGAAGGAGUGACCAUGAAGGAGGCGGAGACCAGGAGGAAAUGACCAGCGGUGCUGAUGAGGCUGAGAAUCUGAGGGAUCCAUGGAGCAAAGUGGACGUCAGUUAGAUAACAUGACCCUGAUAAGAGGUCACUGCCGUGCAGUGGUGGGGACUGGAGUCCUGCCUGAGUGACUGGAAGCAAGAGACUGUGGGAGGGGAAGGGAGGUCAGGCCAUCUUUGGUUAUGAAAGUGACAAGAACUUUCCCACCAAAGAAAGUUCAUACCCUUUCUGUGAAAGGAGAGAAAAGAAGACAGGCAGACAGGGAAGACAGAGGAAAGAAACAUACCCCUUGAAAGGAGAGAGCUGUUAUAGCAGGCAAGGAGAAAGAUGGGGGAGACCCCAGGGCCGGAAGGGGAAGGUGGAUUCAGGAGGCAGGGUAGGGAGCUGCAGGAAGGUGUCUGAUUUCUCAGAAUGAAGGUGCCCGUGGGUGGACCUCACCCAGCACUGCUCAGCCUACCUCCCAGCUCAGGUUGCUGUCAGCCCCAGGCACAUUCUCGGAUUCCCCUCUGGGUCCUGCCAAGGCCUGGGAAGACCCUGGGAGGUCAAGGAAAGAACAGGUUUCACUCAUUCAUUAUAGAAGCAGUCCCUGGGGCCUUCCAGGUGCCAGGCCCUGCAAUCUCAGAGCUGGGAGCUCAGAUCUGAAGACAAUCAGCCAAUCAAAACAUGAAGGGAGGUGUGGGGCCCUUGGGCACUGAGGAAAUGCGGCAGACACCUUCCCUAGCUUGGGAGGGGAUGUCUGUGCAUCACCACCUCACUUUUCAUUCAAAUCAGGUAUGCACAUUUCCAAAGGCCUCCUGGGUAUAUGGGGUGUGGGCUGGGCAGUGCUGAGGACAAUGAGAUGAGUUUCUCUUGCACCUGGGCCCUGCCCCAGGCUGGUGAGAGAGCAGAACUCAGGGCAAUGCGUGCUCCAGUGUAAGCAGCACUGGGCCCUUGGGCGUCCAGAGCAGGUGGACAGAGAAGGCCAGGGUCCACCAGGUCUGGCCGGAGCAGCCAACCAUGGGCCAAGGAGUUGAUGAAAGGUGGGUCCUAUUUGGGCCAUCGCAGAGGGGCUGAGGGAGGGGGUGAGGGGUGAAGAUCAGGCCCUGCUGCCAUUCCACACGGCUGUCCCCGUCCCUGCCCCUGGGGGAGCUGAAACUGCAUGGAAGGUCCCCCAGGGGUGCCCCGUCUAAUAAACUCGAUAAAGAGGACUACGGCUCUGGUUCCCACACCCCGACACCAGCUUCUCUCUCCCCGAGGCCAGCGUGAAUCUGCCCUUCCAUCCUUCAAGAUGCAAGGGAUCUGGGCCCUAGUCUCCUUCCUCAGGCCUGGGGUCCAGGCCCCCAGCCAUCUUCCCUCAGACCCAAGGGUCCAGGCCCCCAGCCCCUCCUCCCUCAGACCUAGGGGUCCUGCAUCUCUCCCCCUCUUCCCUCGGACCCCGCAGUCCAGGCGCCCAGCCCAUCCGGGCCUGCUCCGGACCAAAACUGAUUUCCCUGCCCUGUCCCCUCUCCUGCCACCUAGGAGAUAGGACCCUCGGCUCCCGCCUUUGCCCCUUAAGGAAGUAGAAGU